AGGACCCCUUUUUGGGUAGUCGCAAAAAGCAUUCUCCUACGCAAAGUGCUGCACUCUUUUACAACAUUGACUCGAUCAAUCACUGACCAGUCUCAGGCUGUUCAGAGAAAAACAUUGUUGUUGAUGUUUUUGUUGUUGUUGUUGUUGUUGUUGUUAUUAUUGUCCUUUGUUAAGCUGUGCAGGUCCCUUGGUUUUGCUGAUGUUUACUCAAAAGCUGGGGUCGCUGCGGUGAAUUUUGCUCUUGCUUCUUUGCAGUUUGUGACGAGCUUUGUCAGACGUCGUGAAUUGCUAUGAGUUUGCUAAUGUUCGUUGCCAGAAUUGGUGGAAGACGAGUUCUAGGGUUUUUCAUGUGUCCGCAAACUCUGGAAAUUUGAAGAGAUGAAUUGGCGUUAGUGGUGAUUGUUCGUCAUCACCGCCGCCCCGAUCAAGACAGUAUCGAGUUUGAGGUCUACCGUUUCGAAGCUGAGCUCUGAGAUUUGAGAAUUUGAGUGUGAGGCCGACAAAAUGGACCCAGAUGCUUCGUAUAUAGAACCUCUCAUUGAUAAUGGAAACAGCGAAAAUCCCAAAAAGGAUGGUAACAUUCAUGUAAUCGUCGCAGGGGGGAACAAUAUGUCCGCCGACAGCGGUGGAAGGGAUGGCGAGAGCAUCAGAGGCUUGUUCACGACCGAGCUCAGCAAACAGUUAUGGUUGGCUGGUCCCAUGAUCGCUGUAAAUUUUCUCGAGUAUUCUCUCCUCGUCGUGUCCGUCAUGUUUGUGGGACACCUGGGGGAGCUCUCGCUUGCUGGUGCUGCGUUAGCGUCGUCCUUCGCGGCCGUCUCUGGUUUAAGUCUGCUGGUAGGCAUGGGUUGUGCUCUGGAGACGUUGUGCGGACAAUCAUUUGGUGCAAAAAAUUAUCAGAUGGUGGGCAUUUACCUUCAGAGAGGAAUCAUUGUCCUUUUUCUCACUGCAAUACCAGUCGCUGCGAUCUGGUGGAACAUGACCAAUAUCCUGAUUGCACUUGGCCAGGACCCAGAGAUUGCUGAAAAGUCUGGAGAGUACGCACGGUUCCUGAUUCCAUCGCUGUUUGCCUACGCGGCGAUACAACCCCUAGUGAAAUUUCUGCAAGCUCAGAGCCUCGUUUUUGUAAUGUCUUUCUCCUCCCUCACCACAUUGUGCUUCUUCCACAUACCUCUCUGCUACCUAAUGAUAUUUAAAUUAGGGGUUGGGUUCCGAGGCGCUGCCAUUGCUACAAGCGUUUCAAAUUGGGUGAAUGUUACAAUUCUGGCUACCUAUGUGAGGUUCUCGCCCCACUGCAAGCAGACAUGGACUGGGUUAUCUCGGGAGGCUUUCGAAGACCUCGCGGGCCUUUUCACGCUUGCAGUCCCCUCCGCCAUCAUGGUCUGCUUUGAGUACUGGUCCUUCGAGCUGCUUGUUAUCUUCUCGGGCCUCCUUCCAAAUCCGAAGCUGGAGACAUCCGCUCUCUCGGUUUGCUUGACAACCUCGUCCCUCAUGUACAUGAUUCCGUAUGGAUUGGGAGCAGCCACGAGUACCCGGGUGUCAAACGAGCUCGGAGCUUCGAAUCCUAAUGCUGCUCGACGAGCAGUAGCGGUCUCGCUCUGUUUAGCCGCACUGGAAGGUUCGGCCGUUGCCACCUUUUUGUUUUCCGCGCGAAUGUGGUGGGGCUGGCUUUUCACAUCCGACGCAGAGGUUGCCAAUUAUGUUUCUCAAGUUAUGCCGAUUCUGGCCUGCUUGUCUUGUGUGGACUCCAUCCAAGGAGUUUUGUCAGGGGUGGUAAGAGGAGGAGGCUGGCAAACAUUUGGCGCUGUCACCAAUCUGAGCUCGUAUUAUGUUGUGGGCUUGCCUGUUGGCAUUCUGCUGGCCUUUAAAUACCACUACAAUGACUUUGGAUUCUGGAUUGGCAUGUUGGGUGGAAUCCUUACACAGGUGCUUAUUCUCUCCAUGGCCACUGCUCGCACCAAUUGGGAGCAACAAGCGCGAGACGCUGUUAACCGAGUUGGUGGCCCCACGAAGCUUUCUGCUGAAACUAACCAACCUAAGAAUUCAGAUUCCAAUUCCUUGCUGGCCAGGGAGGAGGAUUCCUACGUGUUGAUUGAGUGAUCACUUCAGCACGUGGAACCUUGAGAGAAUUGUUUCAGGCGUGAAUUUCUGAUAGAUCCAACACGUAUUAUUUCUACCAGGAGAAGACACAUUGCUGGUUACUCGACCAGGUUAGGAACUCUGGACACAUCUAAUGCCUUUCCCUUCCAUCUCGUAGUGUUUGAUCCUUCAUAUUUGAUCCCCUGAGUGGCGAAAUACUUUCAAAAUUCUGUAGAGUUUGAAAACCAGAUUUUGAAAGGAUCAAAAUCCUGCCACACGGUUGACAUGGGAGAGCGACCCAAGAUCACACGGAAGUAUUCCUUUUAUAGCCAAUACAUAGAGUCUGCAAUGUGUUCGCAAUAUCGAAUAUAUGCAGUAUACAAGUUUAUAUAAUCACCCAACAAAUCCAUCAUUUUGCAUA